AUGCGUCUUGAAAACUUCCCUCAAGAGAUAAUACUCGAGAUAACCUCUUAUAUGCACUUCAAUCACUUUGUUCAGCCUCGAUUAUGGAACGCCAUCGAGCUUCAUCACGCGAGCUUUCAUGACCCUGGGCGCCUCUGUCCCAGCACCAGAAGAUCGAUAUUUGCACAGAUGUCAAGACUCGGUACUUUGAAAGCUAAGAGCCUCUUGAAGAUGUUUGAGCCAUUGUCAUCUGGCGGGUUGGAGAAAGACCUGGAACAACGCAAAGCGAUUGCAUCGCGAGUUAGGUCAUUGAGCCUUGUUUUGAGGGGUGAUUGCGAAUCGAAGUCUUGGUAUUUGCUACAACACUUGACCAAUCUCACGUAUCUGGAAGUUCACGGCAGCUAUGAGUGGCUCGGAUGGAACUACCUUUACCAGGAAAACGAAUCAACCUUACUUGAACAGCUUGAUCUUCCCAGAGCUGGUCCCUCGAACCUUCGUCAUGUCAAACUCUACGGGUACAUACCACGUUCCUUUGCGGCGUGGGUGUUGAAAACUGGCGUUAAGCUUGAGCGUCUCGAGCUUGGAAUGCUUGAAGGCGGGGUAGAAGUUGAGGACCCUGCAUCAGGUCAUAUUCACCGUGGGGAACCAUGGACCCCAUAUCACUUUUAUCCUGCCAACAUGAUGCGCGUACGAGGUCAGCAAUGGCUGCCGAUACCACGACCUUUAAGGAGCUUUCUUCCCUUGGAGGUUCUGGAGGAUGAAGAAAAUCAAAAGCUUGAGCUUAGCCUUCCUCGGCUAAAGCACCUGCAUUUGUGUCAGCCUUGUCGUGGCGACGAUGCUAUUGCAGCGGGUAAACUGUAUUACUGGUCUGCACGCACCGAACGAGCUGCCCAUAAGAGUUGGCGACGGAUACUUGUGGCUUCGAGAUUGACGCUCAAGACAUUAGUCUUGGAGCAAAGAUUCGGAGUCCAAAUGUCUAUGCGGGACAAGUACCCGGAGCUGUUCAAACAACCUGACCCACGUGGUAUUGGUAGCACGAAGCUUUUGCACAUGAUCGGAACGCUACUUACUCAAGAUUAUAACUUUGCGGCUCUGAAGCAGGUAGAACUACGGGGGAUGUUUGUUAGCUCUGAUGAACGUGGUCACCCUGCUCCCGGCUCUCCAGUCGGCGACUUUAUGGUGUUGAUGCAAAAUAUUGGGGUCAAAUGUCAGGCUAGACGUGGUUGCAUGGUUUGGUUUGAUGGUGAUUACGGUGGCGCGGAUUGGGAUGCAUGGAAGACAGAUCUGGAGCAUGAAGCCAAGACAAGAGCAGAAGAAAGAGGAGAAGCUAUACCUGUUAACUUCCUACAGGGCCAAUUUCCAAUUCUCAGGUCAGUUCGUUCUUUACGGUUGCUCAGGCUUGAGUUUGCGGAUGUGGGUAUUGGUGAUAGAGAGUCGGCGGGUUGUAACGGCGUUAAUUGGAGCGACCUGGAUUUUCGUCGUCGUCACGGCCUUAAUCUUGAUGGGGAUUCUCUCGAUCUAAAUACAGGCGCUGCUGCAUUACACAUUGCGAGCGGUAUGGAAGGAGAACAUGUGGCUACAAGUAAUGAAGCAGGUCCGGCUACUUUUCGAAUACUCCUUAAGUAG